AUGAAGACGACGAGAUACGGAGGAGUAUCGGCUUACGUGGCGACGGCAACGGCAACGGCGAUUAUCCUGACGACCGUCGUCAUAGUUCUGAUUAUAUCCUUCGGCGCUGUCUUCUCUUGUUUCCUCAGCAGCACUGAUUCGAAACCGGAGUUCGUCAUUCCGAUUGUUCAAUUGCAAAGUCAGAUAAACUUGACUCAUCAACAUUCCGACGAAUACAAAUUCCGAGCCGUCAUAUCACCGGAUCAUUACCGAUCAUCAACGUCUUUUCCUCUCAUUCUCAGUCGUAAUCGAACUUUCAUCGCAAGACGGCGGCGGCGGCGGCCGGAGAUAGAACUUGCAAGAGCAAGAGCUUCGAUCCGGCGAGCUGCUUCUGUUCAUAACCUAUCUCAAGUUCUUCGAAGCGGCGACGUUUUGUCCAGUGAUAUCUAUCAUAACCCAAGCGCGUUUUAUCAGAGUUAUAUGGAGAUGGAGAAGAGAUUUAAAGUAUAUGUAUAUGAAGAGGGUGAGCUUCCAAUGGUGCAUGAUGGACCAUGCAAAAACAUAUACACAACAGAAGGAAGAUUUAUAAUGGAGAUGGAACAUGGAGGACAUAAUUUCAGAACUAAACAUGCGCACCAGGCGCAUGUUUACUUCAUGCCUUUCAGUGUGACGUGGAUGGUCAAGUAUCUGUACAAGCCUGACACGUAUGACAUGACCCCACUUCGACAUUUUGUAUCUGAUUACGUCAGACUCAUCUCCACCAAACAUCCUUUCUGGAAUAGAACUCAUGCUGCUGAUCACUUCAUGCUCUCUUGUCAUGAUUGGGGCCCACAUGCCUCAAAAGCACACCCCAGCCUUUACACAAAUUCAAUUCGAGUCCUAUGCAACGCCAACUCAUCCGAAGGAUUCGACCCACAAAAAGACGUAAGUCUCCCCGAAAUAAAUCUCCAUAGCGGAAACAUCCCUUCAAAACUUGUCUCCCCUCCACCACCCACCACCUCGAGACCCCACCUGGCUUUUUUUGCAGGUGGAGUCCACGGUCCAAUCAGACCCAUCCUCCUCCACCAUUGGAUGGGUCGGGACCCAGAUCUCCAAAUCUUUGAGUACCUCCCAAAACACCUAGACUACUACUCUCUCAUGUUAGCCUCCAAAUAUUGUAUUUGCCCUAGCGGCUACGAGGUCGCUAGUCCUAGGAUUGUAGAAUCCAUUUACUCAGAGUGUGUGCCAGUGAUAAUAUCUGAAAACUAUGUUUUACCUUUUAGCGACGUCUUGAAAUGGGAAGCUUUUUCGGUUAAUGUUAAGGUGUCGGAUGUUUCACGGUUGAAGGAGAUUUUGAUGGGGGUGAGGGAAGAUGAGUACUUGAGGUUAAAGGAGAAUUUGAGACAAGUUAGAAGACAUUUUGUUUUGAAUCAACCUUCACAAAGAUUUGAUGUGUUUCAUAUGAUAUUGCAUUCUGUUUGGCUUAGGAGAUUGAACCUCAAACUAGAAGAAUGA